AUGAUGAGGAUGAGGAAUAAUCAUAAUCAUAGUAAUAAGACAAAUGGUGUCUCUUCACCUAUAACCUCAGGUGGUUGCAGAACUGAACCCGGUUCAAGGGAUUGGGAGAUGAGGCCAGGUGGAAUGUUGGUUCAAACUAGAACCAGUAACAUAGAUCAAAACCCGGUUUUGGUUCCCACUAUUAGAGUUAGGGUCAAGUUUGGUUCAGUUUAUCAUGAACUCAACAUUAGCUCACAAGCCACAUUUGGGGAUUUGAAGAAAAUGUUGACAGGACCAACUGGAUUACAUCAUCAAGAUCAAAAGUUGUUUUACAAAGACAAAGAAAGAGAUUCAAAGGCUUUUCUUGACAUAGUUGGUGUAAAGGACAAAUCAAAGUUAGUGCUAGUGGAAGAUCCUAUAAGUCAAGAGAAAAGGAUUUUGGAGAUAAGAAAGAAUGCUAAGAUGGAGAAAGCUGCAAAAUCUAUCUCACAAAUCAGCUUGGAAGUCGAUAGACUUGCUGGACGGGUAUCUGCUUUUGAAUCAAUAAUUAGCAAAGGUGGGAAAGUUGUAGAAUCAGAUGUGAUUGGUCUUAUUGAGCUAUUGAUGAAUCAAUUGCUUAAAUUAGAUACUAUAAUUGCUGAUGGAGAUAUCAAAUUGCAAAGAAAAAUGCAGGUAAGAAGAGUUCAAAAGUAUGUUGAAACAUUGGAUAUGCUAAAAGUUAAGAAUUCUACAACAAAUGGCAAUGAUGUUCAAUCUAAAAUUCAACCUCAAGAAAAGCAUUCAAAUGGGAAAAGAUUGGAAACAAUUCAAGAGCAACAACAACAAGAACAACCUAGAAAAACCUCAAAUGAUGUUUCACUAAUAUUUGAAGAACAACAACCACCUUCAGGAGUUGUAGUUACUACAAAAUGGGAGACAUUUGAAUUUGAUUCUACCCCACCAUUAAUCACAUUUCCAUCUACAUCUACAACUACUCCUUCAAUGCACAACAAUUCAGGUCCACCUAAGUUCAAUUGGGAAUUCUUUGAGUGA